AUGAGUUCACAAAAGAUAGCUAUCUUGUCGGUCUUCGACAAAACCGGUCUUCUCGACCUCGCUAAGGGCUUGAUCAAGAACAACGUCCGGCUCCUCGCUUCCGGCGGCACAGCAAAAUUGAUCCGAGAGGCUGGCUUUGAUGUCGAAGAUGUCUCAGCGAUCACGAAGGCCCCCGAGAUGCUGUCCGGUCGGGUAAAGACCCUACACCCGGCAGUGCACGCAGGGAUCCUAGCACGGGAUCUCGCCUCGGACGAAAAGGACCUGGCGGACCAGAACAUCAACAAGGUCGACUACGUGGUGUGCAACCUCUACCCGUUCAAGGACACGGUCGCCAAGAUCAACGUUACCAUCCCUGAAGCCGUGGAGGAGAUCGACAUCGGCGGCGUGACGCUGAUCCGCGCGGCCGCCAAAAACCACUCGCGCGUAACCAUUCUCAGCGACCCGGCGGACUACCAUCACUUCCUGGAGGAGCUAGAACGCGGUGAAAUCCCCGGCGAGAGCCGCCAGAGGUACGCGCUCAAGGCAUUCGAACACACGGCCGACUACGACGCCGCCAUCUCCGACUUCUUCCGCAAACAAUACGCAGGCAAUGGCGUGCAGCAACUCUCGCUGCGCUACGGCGCCAAUCCCCAUCAGAAACCGGCCUCGGCCUUCGUGCGCCAGGGGGCCCUGCCUUUCACCGUCCUCGGCGGCUCUCCAGGAUACAUCAACCUGCUGGACUGCCUGAACGCGUGGCCGCUGGUGAAAGAACUCAAGCAAGCGCUCGGCCUCCCCGCUGCGGCCAGCUUCAAGCACGUGUCUCCCGCCGGCGCGGCCAUCGCGGUGCCCCUCUCGGAGCGAGAACGCCAAGUCUACAUGGUCGACGACAUCGAGGGGAUCGAAUCGUCGGGCCUGGCCCAAGCGUACGCCCGUGCCCGCGGCGCCGACCGCAUGUCCUCCUUCGGCGACAUGAUCGCGCUGUCGGACAAGGUCGACGUGCCCACGGCGAAGAUCAUCUCGAGGGAAGUCUCGGACGGGGUGAUCGCGCCGGCGUACGAGCCCGAGGCGCUCGCGCUGCUGAAGAAGAAAAAGGGCGGCAAAUACCUCGUGCUCCAGAUCGACGAGAGCUACGAGCCGCCGGCCCAGGAAACGCGCACCGUCUACGGCGUCAACCUCACGCAGGGGCGCAACGACGUCAAGAUCUCCCCCACCGAGACGUUCAACUCGAUCAUCCGCCCCAAGGACGCGGCGGCGAGCCCGUCAUCGUCCCCCCUCUCGGACUCGGCGCUGCGCGAUCUCACCGUCGCGACCAUCGCCGUCAAGUACACGCAGUCGAACAGCGUGUGCUACGCGCUCAACGGCCAGGUCGUCGGCCUGGGCGCCGGCCAGCAGUCGCGCAUCCACUGCACGCGCCUGGCCGGCGACAAGGCGGAUAACUGGUGGAUGCGCUUCCACGAGCGCACGCUCGGAAUCCAGUGGGCCAAGGGCGUCAAGCGCGCCGAGAAGUCCAACGCCAUCGACAUGCUCUGUUCGGGCCAGGUCGACGCCGAUCUCAGCGACUUUGAAAAGGCCGACUACGAGCGUAACUUCGCCGAGGGCCAGGUUCCCACGCCAUUCACGCACGCCGAACGCAGAGAGUGGCUCGCCAAGCUGAGCGAAGUGGCUGUGAGCAGCGAUGCAUUCUUCCCUUUCGUCGACAACGUCUACCGCGCCGCGCGAAGUGGCGUCAAAUACAUCGCCGCGCCGACGGGGUCGCAGAACGACGGCGCCGUCUUCGACACGGCCGAAAACCUGGGCAUCACCUUCAUCGAGCAGAGCACGCGGCUGUUCCACCACUAA